CCCAUUUCAAACCCGGAAAAACCCCAAGCGCAUUGAGGAAGCGGCCAGCGGUGGUCCCUUCCCCCACCCCCCCCCCCCCCCCCCCCCCCCCCCCCUCCAGUCUCCACUCUCCAGAGUCCAGACCUCCACUGUCCACUCCAAAGCCGCAGCAGCGGGCAAAACCAGGCACCCGCACGAUCCGAUUCGGCUUCCGUCUCACUCAUCUCGCCCGGCCUCCGCGGAGAGAUCUGGCGGCGGAGGCGAUGCCACUGGGCGACGGCGCGGAGGCGGCGGACUUCGUGCUGCCGGACGAGCUCCUGGCGGCGCUGCCGCGGGACCCCUACGAGCAGCUGGAUCUGGCACGCCGCAUCACCGCGCUGGCGGUGUCCGGGCGGGUGUCCGGCCUGGAGCGGGAGGCGGGGCGCCUGCGGGCGGAGGCCGCGGGGAAGGACCGCGAGAACGCCGAGCUCCGGGAGCGAGUGGUGCUGCUCGACACCGCGCUGCAGGAGACCAACGCCAGGCUCCGCGCCGCGCUCGAGGACAAUAUUAAGCUCAGCAAGGAGCGAGACUCGCUGGCGCAGACGUCCAAGAAGCUGGCGCGCGACCUGCAGAAGCUGGAGUCAUUCAAGAGGCAUCUGAUGCAGUCGUUGCGUGAUGAUAGUUCAUCACCACAGGAAACAGUUGACAUUACAACAUGUGACCAGCCAGUAGCAACAAAAGCAUCGUUUAGUGGAGAUGGUGGAUCUGGCAGCCACCCUACAACAAAUAUAUUUAGUGAAUCUUUGGAUGCUGGAAGUACGAACCGAGACGGUACCGCCUCAAGGCCUCCGAUCCAAAAAUAUGCCCUCUCAUCGCACAUCACUCCUUGGCUUACCCCCAAGGCCACUCCUAAAAUAAUGUCCACUUCUGCUUCUCCAAGGCAAAUAUCUACCACAGCAACACCGAAGCUGAUGUCUGGUGCUACCUCGCCAACAAAAUCUCGAAUUGAAGCUCACAUGUCAAUGACACCAUGGUAUCCAUCAAGCAAGCAGUCCUCGGCAGCUAGCUCACCUCCACGAGGAGGUUCAAACCCAGGUCGGACUCCUCGUGUUGAUGGAAAGGAAUUUUUUCGCCAAGCCAGGAGUCGUCUAUCCUAUGAACAAUUUGGAGCAUUCUUAGCCAACAUCAAAGAACUCAAUGCCCAUAAGCAGUCCCGUGAGGAAACUCUCAAGAAAGCUGAGGAGAUCUUUGGUCCAGAAAACAAAGAUCUAUAUCUGUCUUUCCGAGGCUUGCUAAAUCGUAGCAUGCCGUAGGCUCCGUAUGUCUCUUUUUUGUUGUUGGGUUUGCAGGUAAUGAAGUUGCCGCAUUGGCAACUUAUUGCCAUCUAAGUUGUGGAUUUGAAGAUCUAGUUGGAAGUUUUGCCCCCCAUAAUCCACACUAGGUUUAACGAGCGUCGAGCGGACCUCUCUGAACAACUGAGUGCGCAAACCAGAGUUGCUCCUGUAAGUGUUGCACCUGUCGAGUGCUAAACUAUAGGAUGCAUCCUGUCAUGGUGCCUACAUUCUUCGUAAAACCAUGAAACAGAAUCUUGGGAGUAAAAUUCCAUCUCGUCCCCAACUCAAUCAUCAAUUGCAAUCGGUAGCUGCAUCUUGUUCUGUUAACCUCGAACUAACUUUUUCGUUUUGCUC